AACUAUAUCCCUUACUUAGGAGUGAUCUUUCUCAUCGAUGUUUUCAUCUGUUCUUUAAACGCAUUUUGCUUCUUUUGCGUGUCGUCCCGUUAUCAAGAUCUCUGCCUGGAAGAAUGUAAUUUGAAGCUACAGCGGAAAGUUGCGUCACUGAAACGCCGAGGUUCGUCUAAGGCCCGAGCUACUGAUUUUCCAUUGAAGAAAACUUCUGUUUCAGUAGAUAAUGAAGGUUCGUCGGAAACACAUCAGCUCCCAGUCGGCCAAAGAAAAGAAACAUCUCUGUCGAAAACCAGACAACUUCCGGACUUAAGUACUAUUUCAGAAGAGAAAAGCUUGAUGAUUUUCAACCGGAAUUUCAGUACAGACGUCACUUCUUCCGGACCCGAUAGCCAAGUUCUAUCACCCAUUAUCAUUAAACGAACUUUAAAUCCAGCUACCCUACCACAAUCGAUUGAACUUGGCUUUGACACAUCUAACAAAACAAGUGGAAGCACGUGCUUUCUGAAGCAAGGUGGGGACUUGUGUCCAACGAAUACACGAAAUGGAUCGUUUCAUUAUUCUCAAUCCUUUGAAUUAGUGAAUCUCUGUUGUACGGAAGAAUCCAUUCAUUCUUAAUAUAUAUAAACCGGGUGUAAAAUUAUUACUGUUUUACUUAAAUGUUUUCUCUUCUUGCACAAUUAUAUAACGUCUGUACGUUUAUGAAGGUUGCGUUUUUACUGUAAAGAUAAUUUGUUUUUAAAAAUUUCAUUAUGUUGAAAUUACCUUUCCAUGAAAAUAGAAACAUUAGGAAUUAGGAUCAAAGACUUUGCGAUAUAGAUUAAUACAAAUUACUCAUUAAUAGAUAUGUUGACAGUGUAGAUCUGAAAACAGCUUUUGUCUACUCUGUCUCAUAGAUUUGUUAACAGUGUAGAUUUGAAAACAGCUUUUAUCUACUCUGUCUCAUAGAUUUAUUAACAGUGUAGAUCUGAAAACAGAUUUUGUCUACUCUGUCUCAUAUAUUUGUUAACAGUGUAGACCUGAAAACAGCUUUUCUCUACUCUGUCUCAUAUAUUUGUUAACAGUGUAGACCUGAAAACAGCUUUUGUCUACUCUGUCUCAUAGAUUUAUUAACAGUGUAGAUCUGAAAACAGCUUUUGUCUACUCUGUCUCAUAUAUUUGUUAACAGUGUAGACCUGAAAACAACUUUUGUAUACUCUGUCUCAUAUAUUUGUUAACAGUGUAGACCUGAAAACAGCUUUUGUCUACUCUGUCUCAUAGAUUUAUUAACAGUGUAGACCUGAAAACAGAUUUUGUCUACUCUGUCUCAUAUAGUUGUUAACAGUGUAAAUCUGAAAACAGCUUUUGUUUACUCUGUAUCAUAUAUUUGUUAACAUUGUAGAUCUGAAAACAGCUUUUGUCUACUCUGUCUCAUAGAUUUAUUAACAGUGUAGACCUGAAAACAGAUUUUUGUCUACUCUGUCUCAUAUAUUUGUUAACAGUGUAUACCUGAAAACAGAUUUUGUCUCUUCUGUUUCAUAUAUAUUUGUUAACAGUGUAGACCUGAAAACAAGGGGGGGGGGGG